AGAGAGUGUCUUGUGUUGUGUCUCUCCCACUUUAUAUUUGUCUCUUAACCUCCGCCCCAAUAUAACGGCGGUUUCUCCAAACCUUCAAUUUCACUCUCUUUUCUUUCCUUCUAUUCUUCACACCUCACCUCAUUCUCUCUCAUCACCUUUCAACUCUCUCUCUCUCUGCAGCAAUGGCUCAGGUAGUAGCCACUCGAUCCAUCCACGCCUCCCUCUUGCACCCCACCACUGGAUCUUCACACGACAGGGCUCAAACGUUGUUAAAGCCUGCAACUUUUGCUUCCAAAGUGUUCCUGCCACAGUGGAACAAUACCCCCAAAGUCAGCUCCAGAAGCUGCCUCAUCAAUGCAAGGAAAUCUGCACCCGCCAAAGUUGUCCCCGUCUCACCCGAGGAUGAUUCAAAGAUUGAGGAGGAGUUGCAGCACAUGCGUGGUAUGCAGCAACUUGGUGACACUUCUGUUGGAAUGUGGUCCAAGCCCACAGUUAUGAGAAAGACAAAGAUAGUUUGUACCAUUGGUCCUUCUACCAACACAAGGGAAAUGAUUUGGAAGCUAGCUGAGGCUGGGAUGAAUGUUGCCCGUUUGAAUAUGUCUCAUGGAGACCAUGCUUCUCAUCAGAAAGUUAUUGAUUUGGUUAAAGAAUAUAAUGCGCAAAACAAGGACAAUGUAAUUGCAAUUAUGCUUGACACCAAGGGUCCUGAGGUUAGGAGCGGGGAUUUACCACAACCAAUCAUGUUAACAAGUGGGCAGGAAUUCACUUUUACUAUCAGGAGAGGUGUUGGAACUGCAGAUUGUGUUAGCGUGAACUAUGAUGAUUUUGUCAAUGAUGUGGAAGUGGGGGAUAUGCUUCUUGUUGAUGGUGGUAUGAUGUCUUUGGUGGUUAAGUCUAAGACAGAGGAUUCUGUGAAAUGUGAAGUUGUUGAUGGAGGAGAACUCAAGUCAAGGAGACAUUUGAAUGUUAGAGGAAAAAGUGCAACACUGCCUUCCAUCACUGAGAAGGAUUGGGACGACAUUAAGUUUGGAGUGGAUAACCAAGUUGACUUCUAUGCUGUUUCCUUUGUUAAGGAUGCACAAGUAGUUCAUGAACUGAAGAAUUAUUUGAAAAGCUGUGAUGCUGAUAUACAUGUCAUCGUAAAAAUUGAAAGUGCGGACUCUAUACCAAACUUGCAUUCAAUUAUUACAGCGUCUGAUGGGGCUAUGGUUGCAAGAGGAGAUCUUGGUGCAGAGCUCCCUAUUGAGGAGGUUCCACUUUUGCAGGAAGAGAUAAUCAGGAUAUGCCGUAGCAUGGGAAAGGCUGUUAUUGUGGCAACAAAUAUGCUGGAAAGCAUGAUUGUUCACCCAACACCAACCAGAGCAGAGGUAUCUGAUAUUGCAAUUGCUGUACGAGAGGGUUCUGAUGGAAUAAUGCUUUCUGGAGAAACUGCCCACGGAAAGUUCCCACUAAAAGCUGUAAAAGUAAUGCACACAGUAGCAUUACGGACAGAAGCCACCAUAGCUGGUGGUCAAAUGCCACCUAAUAUUGGUCAAGUAUUCAAGAACCACAUGAGCGAGAUGUUUGCAUGCCAUGCAACCAUGAUGUCUAAUACCCUAGGAACCUCAACUGUUGUCUUCACUAGAUCGGGCUUCAUGGCUAUCCUGCUGAGCCAUUAUCGACCUUCAGGCACCAUCUUUGCUUUUACAGAUCAGAAGAGGAUACGACAGAGGCUGGCUUUGUAUCAAGGAGUCUGUCCAAUUUACAUGGAAUUCUCUGAUGAUGCUGAAGACACUUUUACGAGAGCCUUGGAUAUGCUGCAGAAGCAAGGAAUGGUUAAAGCAGGAGAAGAAGUAGCACUUGUACAAAGUGGCAGGAAACCCAUAUGGAGGUUCCAAUCCACACACAAUAUCCAGGUCCGAACAGUGUAAACAUAAAGAAAGGUGGAGAGUGGCCACGGAUUAAGUUUCAGCCUUUCAGGACACACUGCAUUUAAUUUUACAAGAGCAUGCUCCCCUUUGGUGGGUUGGUGCCCAUUUUGCUUUUUGGUUGUUUGUUUGCUUCUUAGGUUUCAGCUUUUCUUCAUUUAUUGCCCUGUUCUUAUUCUUAUUCUUUUUUUUGUAAACUUUUCUAUGGUUCUACAUUUAGCACGGAUAGAUGUUAGUAUAUGUCAUUGAAAUUUUAAUGUAAACGAACCUGUUACUGAUAAUGAGUAAUUAUGAACGAGUCUA